AUGGCCGGCAUCUCCAACGCUAUCUACCAGAGCAUCAUCCGCCGGAAUGCUGUCUUCCUGACCACCAUCUUCGCCGGUGCCUUCGCUUUCGAGCUCUCCUUCGACACCGCCUCCAACAAGAUCUGGGAUACCUGGAACGCCGGCCGUCAAUGGAAGGACAUCAAGCCCCGCUACCUGGUUAAGGAGGAUGAGGAUGACGAGUAA